UCCAUUGAGGAGGAGGAGGAGGAGCGCCAGUGCAUGUGAGGUAUCUCAGUAGCUGACAGAUACAGUGCUCACAGGAGGAGACACGAGAAGACAUCUUAUCCAUUGCAUCACUUUCUUACUUUAUGUUUGAAUUCUGUUUUGUGUGCUGGCACUCCCAAGUGUUCUGAAGCACUGAGCUGAGGUUACAAAGAAACCAGCUUGUUUGUUUGGAUAUGAAAAAACUAAACGCUGAACCUGAAAAAGUAAAGUAAGACCUUUCUAUGGACAUUUACUCUUACGUGAGACUAUAUGUGAGAUGGGAGCCGUGCAGGUGGUCUGAUGAAAUGGAAGCAAUGAAAUGAGAUUCACAGGCAUCACUGAAGACUGCUUUAUAAGCUCUUUGCCGGUCUAGUUGAGAGAGCCAAGCUUCCCUCCUGAUAUUCUCCGGCUGAACCAAGCAGGAGUCCAGCACAGUCCAGUAGGACCGAGGAAUUUUAAAGUUUGCUCUCCGGAGGAUCAGGACCUUACUGGCUUCUUUUUGUUUCUUGGAGACACUCUGUCACUGAACUUCCUCUGUGAUAACCAGGCAUCCUCUGAGACAGGAUGCAGGUGUCGUUUGUUUGCACAGACCACCGGUCCAUGAGCCGUAGCACGGAUGACAGACUCAAUCGACAGAACGCUAACAGUCCGAGCACUGGUACCCGAAGCAAGUUCAAAGCUGUGGCCAUGGUGGCCAGGAGCCUUGGGCAGCUCUCCGUCCAGAGCGUCCCUUCUUCAAGUGACCAGAGCAUCAGAACUGGCAUGAAGUAUCGAAACUUGGGGAAGUCGGGCCUGAGAGUCUCAUGUCUUGGAUUAGGAACAUGGGUGACGUUUGGAGGACAGAUCACAGAUGAGAUUGCAGAGCAGCUGAUGACUCUGGCGUACGAGAACGGGAUCAAUCUGUUCGACACGGCAGAGGUCUACGCUGCAGGAAAGGCGGAAAUGGUGCUGGGCAACAUCAUAAAGAAGAAAGGAUGGAGACGCUCCAGUUUAGUCAUUACAACCAAAAUAUUUUGGGGUGGAAAAGCAGAGACCGAGAGAGGACUGUCAAGAAAACACAUUAUAGAAGGUUUGAAGGCGUCAUUGGAGAGAUUGCAGUUAGAAUAUGUGGACGUGGUGUUUGCAAACAGACCAGACCCCAACACACCCAUGGAAGAGACGGUGCGGGCGAUGACCCAUGUGAUCAAUCAGGGAAUGGCGAUGUACUGGGGAACAUCACGCUGGAGUCCGAUGGAGAUCAUGGAAGCGUAUUCUGUGGCCCGACAGUUCAACCAGAUCCCGCCCAUCUGCGAACAGUCGGAAUACCACAUGUUCCAGAGGGAGAAAGUGGAGGUGCAGCUUCCUGAGCUCUUCCAUAAGAUCGGUGUGGGUGCGAUGACAUGGUCCCCUCUGGCCUGUGGGAUAAUCUCAGGGAAAUACGACAGCGGUGUGCCGCCAUACUCACGCGCCUCACUGAAGGGCUACCAGUGGUUGAAGGACAAGAUCUUGAGCGAGGAGGGCCGACGCCAGCAGGCGAAGCUGAAAGAGCUGCAGGCAAUCGCUGAGCGGCUGGGCUGCACACUUCCACAGCUAGCCAUCGCGUGGUGCCUGAGAAAUGAAGGUGUGAGUUCUGUGCUUCUCGGAGCCUCCAGCACAGACCAGCUCAUGGAGAAUAUAGGAGCAAUACAGGUUCUUCCAAAAUUAUCCUCCUCCAUCGUGCACGAGGUGGACAGUAUCCUGGGCAACAAACCCUACAAUAAAAAGGACUACCGCUCCUAGUGUGGAGCCAGACUGGACCGGAUGCUCCGAACCCUCCUUUGCCUGAUCCUCCGUUCGCUUCAGCUUUUACUGAAUGAGUACCGGCUGCAUGAGACGGGCAAGCACCCACAAACCCUGGAGAGCAAGACUUUUAGAACACGAACGGCAGGAAACACGUGAACAAAAUACACUAAAUAUACAACAAAAGACACAUCCACUGACAUGCAGGAUAGAGAGCGAUGCAUUGAAGAUACAGUGCUCACAGAGUCUCCGUAUGGGUACUUUAAAACCAGAUCAUUAGGGUAACUAAGAACAAAAUGGACAGGAAUAUGCUAACAAACAUUAAAAAAUAACAUGCUUGCUUGGUUGCUGGAAA